AUGGGGGAAGGAUGGCACAGAGGAAGCGGCAGCGCGGGCAGUAGGGUCCCAUGGCGGCCGUGGGGCACAGGGAGUGCGCAGUGGGGAUCCGGGCUGGCCCCCGGUGCUCUGGGGGUGCUGGGGGGGCACCCCGGAGCUGUGUCCUGCACUCACAGGGGUGUUCCAGGGGAUGAGAUUGAAGAGUGUCACUUGUUGAACGGCACGGAGAAGUUGAGGUUCGUGGAGAGGUUCAUCUACAACCGGGAGCAGUUCCUGAUAUUGGACAGCGACGUCGGGGUGUACGUGGGGUUCACCCCCUAUGGGGAGAUGAAUGCCAAGCGCUUGAACAGCCACCCGGUUCAGAUGGUGGACACGCUCUGCCGGCGAAACUACGAGCUUUAUGCCCCGUUCACAACGGUGGAGCGCCGAGGUGAGCGCUGGGCAGAGCGCGUCCCCUCGGGCCCUGCCCUGCCAAUGACCCUGGAACUCCUGAAAUUCCCAGUAUCCCUCGAGUCUGGGAAUCGCCUCAGAGGCCGCAGCCCUCCUUGUGUCCAUCACUGGGACAUCCUCUCCCACCCAUUGACCCCCCCGUGGCUCCUCCAGCCCAUCCCAGUCCAUCCCGGUCACUCCCAGUGCUCUGUGGCGCAUCCAUCUCUGGUGAUCCCCCCACGGAAGAUCCCUCAUCUGCCUCAUGACCACCAUCAAGGAUGGAGACUGAAGCCCCCUCCCAAGGAAUGAGACUGAGACCCUUAUAAUUCUAACACAGGAUGCUGGUCUGACGGAAGUGGGAUGUCUGCCAAGUGGUGCCUGCAGGUGUGUUCACUGGACCAAGACUGGUUUUCCACAGAACCAAUCCUGAAACAAUGGGUCCCGCUCACUGUUGAGAUUGCUUUGUCCUGUUUUGGAACAUGGACUGUCCAUACCUGUUUUCAAUACACUUAUUCUCUGUUGUCUUAACCCAUUCUCCCCUCAGCAGAGGACUAUAAGAGACCCCUGAGUUAACCAAAGAAUUUGAGAUUCUCCUCGAUGUGACAAGAGGGAUCUACUGGCCGGACCACAGGGAUUUCAUCUCUCCAUUGGCAGCUAUUCCCCCCAGCCCUUCUUUUCCUCUCUCUCUCUCUAUCCUUUAUCUCCUUUCUAAUCCUUCUAUCGCAUUUGCUGUGGGCACUCAGUAAAGGUGCAUUUGUUUUGAUGAA